AAAAGUUCGUAGAAUUCUCAUCUUGAGUAGGUACUCGAAGAAAUAAAUUCCCCAAUCUCAUGACAUUUUCAACAUUUCUACAACCUUUUUAAUUGCACGAAACAUUUCAUUUAUUUCAAAUUCAACACAUUGCUCGUUUUGAUUUAAAAAGAAGAAAAAUCUCGGUGAGAAAUAAAUAAAUUGUACAAAUUGUCCCGUGAUAAAAAAAUCUACCUACCAGGAAAAAAAAAUUGAACAUUACAGAAUAAGCUGAUGAAAUGGGCCACUAGGUGCGUGAAGUAAUUUUAAACUGUUUGCAGCAAAUAAUUAACAAAAAAAGAUAAAAGUAGCUAUAGAUAACAUCAAUCUUAACAACUUUAAAUUUCUUAUCGACCAAAUUAUUUAUUACAUUAUUACUUAUUAUUCGCGAAUUCAGAAAGUAGGUACUUGAUGUCAGCUCGAUCAUAAAGUGAUUUUAAUGUUCGUUACGUAUUUUACAUCGUGAUCGAUAUCAUUUUUAAUUUGAGGCUGUUUCAUCAUCACGAUGUUUAAUUUUUCGGUUAAUAAGAACCUUUUACAAUUAAAGGUGAUGUACUUCUUCGGCUACGCUGGACAGUGUCCACUUUCAACUUUUGGAUCAACUAUAGGCAGACAACUUCGUUUUUCUGCCAGUUCCGUUGGAUUUGUGUACUUCACGUCGAUGGUAUUGUCCAUUUUUGGAAGAUUAAUUUUCGGUUAUUUGGCUGAUAAGUUCCGGAUACACAAAGCUUUACUCAUUCUGUCUACCUUACUAUGUUCGUUGGCUAUUCUAUCAAUGGCAUUGAUUCCACAACAAACUCAAGAUUGUCAAGAAGUUUUUGAGAAAGCUUACGUUUUCCAUGAAAAUGAUACUUCGUUUGAAAUAUGCUUCGUAAACAAUGAGUGGUCUUCCUUGAAAGAAAUUCUGAAUGGAAAAGUUUGCAGGAUGAACUUCCAAAGUAUCAAUUUAACGAUAUCGUUCGCUGCUGAUCAAAGUUCCAAUGUGACUGCGUCGUUCGAUUCAGUUCGUGAAAAUACGGAAAAUGGAACGUUCUCCUGUUUGGAUGCUUUUAAAGCUGGCAUCUUUCAUGUACUCGAUGCCAAUAGAGUGGAAGAAGGAAAACAUUACGACGUUAGCACGUGUUCGUAUCCGAACGAUGCUGACGAUGCAGAACAGAAAUCUAUAAAAAGGGAUAUGUUAUUGCCAUUAUUUUGGAUUUACAUGAGUGUAUUUGCUGUGUUUUAUGUGAUGAGCUACGUUAUGGGCAUCUUCUUGGAUGCAAUUUGUUUUUACACUUUGGAUAAUGAAGAAGGAACUUUCGGAAACCAGCGAAUGUUUGCGUCAUUGGGCUGGGGAGUGGCAGCUUUGUUUUCUGGAGUUUUAACUGAUUACGUCAGCGAAAAUUCAGAAUUCAAAAAUUACUUGCCAACAUUCACGGUGUCAUUUUCAUUUUUAAUUAUCAGCCUGAUAGUGGCGAUUUUUUUCAAAAUGCCGAAAAUUAGCCAAGCUGCAAAAACAGACUGGAAUGCAGUAUAUGGAAUACUUUGGCAUAAAGAAUCGUUCGUGUUUUCUUGUUGGUGUUUCGUUUUUGGCGUAUGCUCCGGGAUUGUCUGGGAAUACUCAUUUUGGGUCAUCGAAGAAAUAUCAACCAAACACGAGCAAACUUGGGUGAAAAGUUUACAAGGUGGUAUAACCAUAGUGAAUACAUUUUUGGGAGACGUUCCAGCCUAUUAUUUUUUCGAUCGAAUUUCAUCAAAAUUAGGUUACAUCAAUUGCAUGACGUUAACUUUAGUGUUGCAAGCAAUUCGUCUUUUCGCCUAUUCCAUUUUGAGCCAUCCAAUUUGGGCACUAUUCAUCGCAGUAUUAGAUGGUAUUGGUUUCGGAAUAGGAUACGCAACGAUUACAUCUUUCGCGAACUUGAUAUCCACUCCUGAAACUAAAACAACCGUGCAAGCGACAUUUAAUUCGAUAUUUGAUGGAUUCGGAUCUUCGUUUGGAGCUUUAUGUUUUGGUUUCAUUUAUGAUCGAUUUGGUCGCUCGUUGACUUUUCGUGUCGGCUCAUUCAUGGCUAUCGGCUGCACUUGUUUACACAUCUUGAGUCGAUUCUGUAUCAACAAAGCAGCGAUUCGGAAGACACAGCCUUGAUCCAUAAACAUGCAUUUUGAGUCUGGAGGAACUCUCAUUGAAGAACGACAAAAUAUUUGCAUACGGCAGUUGCAUUUAGAAUUGUUUUAUUUUUCUAUUAAUUUAGAACUAAUUUAUUAUCACUGCUCGUGAAUUUGUAGAAGGAGCGAAAAAAUAUGCGGAAUUUUGGGUGAAUCGAUAAAUAAAAUGAUAUCUGCC